GAGUAACAUACGAGUACAUACGAGUAACGUACGAGUACCAUGACGAAUAACAUACGAGUACAUACCAGUAACAUGCACAUGUGCUCGUAUGUGCUCGUGUGGUAUUAUAGUAACGAUCCGAUCGUCUCAUAGUUUUUACGGCAAUGUCGUCUCACUUUCGCCGCGCGUGAUUGGUUCAAAGAUUGAAAUUGACAUCGCAGCACUGAAAUGAGUUACUCACGUAGGACUUUACAGCGAUGAAUGGCUGCCAAUUUGCACCGGCAGUUGAAACAUCUUUUACUGUACAGUAGCCCAUCUCUACGAGCUAUUUAAUGUAAAAGAAAGCGUUAUGUAAUUUUUCUGCAAAGGUCAACCAAAAAUUGCAGCCAGCAGGAUUCAUAAUAUAUAAAAAUGGGUUUCAUUGUGCAGUAAAAGUUGCUGACCUAGUCCAUUUCACAAAUAUCCGAAUAUUUUUGGGGAUAUUUACAAGUUUCCGAGAUAUUUAGAAAAUAUUAAGAUAUUUAGAAAAUUUAGGGAUAUUUAGAAAUAUUCGUAGCUUUUUUUAACUUAGCCCUGUGUUUUCCACGCUAUUUUCUUGAGUCUUGCAUAAAAUAAAUAUAGUAUUCUGUUAAUGUCUGUAUGUUAUAUAUAACGACACCCCUGUUCUAAGAAUACUACAAAACCGGUCAAACCGGAAAUCCCGGAACCCGUGUCAAUCAAGCGGUCGACGCUGAACGUUCCAGACGCCAUGAUAUACAUUUGCAUAUUGUAGCUUUUUGUCUUCCUCCGUUGAAAUGUUUUCUCCAAGAACCACUCUUGCCGCAAGAUCUUUCAUCCUUGUUUUUAGUCAACUAAUUUCUUCCACUGCAGUUGACGCUCUCUGUAGCACGGGUUCCCGAAAAACCCUCAGUGACGGAUGCACCAUUAGUGACGAUUGCAGCACGAUCACCUGCAAAAUGGAUUUUGUCGACAAGCCAAUCACUUUUAAGCUCAAGGUCAAUAAGUGUGAUGACCCGGUGAGUGUAACUGCCACAAUGGACGUUCCAGACCUGCAUAUUACCUGGUCUCAUACUUACACCAGUGAUGACAUCGUGGCAGUGCCAGGCUUCACCGCUUCCUUGCCUUCUUUCUUCUCCGCCGGUGUGUACGUACAAGUCGCAGUUACUCCUAAAAGCGACGAACUACGUUUAACGGUGAAACUCCUGGCUGGAGGCGAGUUUUUGGGAAAAGGCGUUUAUCCUGUGAAGGCGACCGUAAUGGAGGGAGACCUUCCAAUCAAUACCAAUGAUUGUGGUACGUGUGUUUUUUCCUCAAAAACAACUCUGUCUUCAAGAUUACAAACUACAUAUUACGUUAGCCUCUGAUCUGAUCGAAUGUUUAAUUCUCCUGGGCUCUCCGUGUUAUACUAUUUUUAGGA